GUUGGUGUUGCUGUGGUCUUAGGUCCGAGGGUAGGAAAGUGUCUUUUCUGUUUCAACUGCUAGUUUGGAAGUUGUAAGCGUGAGAUAGUUACAGUACGGUGUUUUUUUCCUUGUCGUUUCCAUGAUUUUCAAAAUAUUAUUUAGACGAGCUUCAGCUUAAAGCCUUUGGUUAAUCGGUUGUGAAGUUGUGAUACCGAUAUUAAAAAUAUGCUGCGUGAGGUGAUGACAGUUAUAGUAUAGUUCAGUUUGGAGUUUGUUUACGAACGACAAAAUGGGGUUAGAUUUCGACGUUUUGGAAUUUUGCAGAAAACUCCGUAAUUCUAAGCAACCUCCUUACGAAUGUCCAGUUGCACAAUGUGGAAAAGUGUAUAAGAGCCUUUGUGGUUUACAGUAUCACUUGGUUAACUUUGAUCAUAAUGCCCCUACAUCUGUAAAUGCUCUACCAGUACCAGGGCGGAAGAAAGGACGUGGCUCACAUCAUUCACGACCACCUUCAUCUGCCGCUGAUGUACUAACUUUGUCAACACGAGAGGGUUUGACAUAUGCUGAAGCUCAGAAGAUAGUAGAAUUUGAGGUUGAUGGACGAAUAACUAGAGUCAGCAUUUUUGAUCCUCUACCACUCAUAUCAAAGGAGGAAUUUGAAGCUACAUAUGGAAGCAGUAAUGACAGUCAAGAGGGGAUCCAGUUAUCUGCAGACCUUUGUCAAAGUAUGCUGUCCAGUGAUGAGAAAAUUCGUCUUCCAGAGCCAAGUUACACCAUCUUAGAUUCAUAUAACAUAAGUGAUGCACCACCACGACCCAACGCAUAUAUUAGAUUCAUUGAGAGGUCUGCUGAGGAACUUGAUGGUGAAGUGGAAUAUGAUAUGGAUGAGGAAGACUGCGCUUGGCUGAGUAUUAUAAAUGAGCAACGUGCAGCUGCUGGUCUCCCCGAUGUACCUGUAGAUACGUUUGAACUGCUUAUGGAUCGACUAGAGAAGGAAUCAUACUUUCAGAGUUGUGGCAAAGGAGGAGAUGGAGUGGCACCAACUGUAAUUGAUGAUGAUGCUGUUUGUUGUAUAUGUAUGGAUGGAGAAUGUCAGAACUCCAAUGUAAUCCUCUUCUGCGACAUGUGUAAUUUGGCUGUUCACCAGGAUUGUUAUGGUGUACCAUACAUUCCAGAAGGCCAGUGGCUUUGUCGUCGUUGUUUGCAGUCUCCUUCGCGUGCUGUUGAUUGUGUACUUUGCCCCAACAAUGGGGGAGCUUUCAAACAAACAGAUCGUGGACACUGGGCACAUGUUGUUUGCGCACUGUGGAUUCCAGAAGUCAGAUUUGCAAAUACUGUAUUUCUUGAACCAAUAGACAGUAUAGAAACAAUACCUCCAGCAAGAUGGAAGUUAACGUGCUACAUCUGUAAGCAGAGAGGAGUAGGAGCAUGCAUUCAGUGUCAUAAAACAAAUUGUUACGCUGCAUUUCACGUAACUUGUGCACAGCAGGCUGGUCUCUUUAUGAAGAUGGACACUGUUCGAGACUCACAUACAGGCACUGGUCUUGACCCAGGACCAGUACUAGUCCAAAAGACAGCGUAUUGUGAUGCCCAUACACCCGGUGGACUGGUAGAUUCUGAUUCAAGACCCAGAGGAAGUACGCUUUCUUCUAGCAAGCAAGCAACAACUCCAAGUGGUAUUGGGGGUACAGGUGAAGCCGCACGUGAAGAAUCCCGCCAAAAAAUGAAGAAGGCUCGAAGGUUACUUGCUAAGAAAAGGUCCUCAGUUCCUGUCAUAUCUAUACCAACCAUUCCACCUGACAGAAUUCAAGAAAUAGCAUCAUUAGUGAAUGUACCAAAGAAGAGCCAGUUGAUUCAAAGACUGAUCGCAUACUGGACUCUAAAGAGGCAGUUCAGGAAUGGUGUUCCUCUUCUGAGACGACUACAGAGUUCUCAUUUAGCUCGUCGUGAUGACCCUUUGCCAUUACAGGAGGUGGUGAGUGAUACUGGUGAACUAUACAGACAGCUGAAAUAUUGGCAGUGUCUACGUCAGGACUUGGAACGAGCUCGGCUUCUUUGCGAGUUAGUCCGUAAACGAGAGAAAUUAAAAAAGGAGCUAUGCAAGGUCAAAGAAAUGUGGAUGGAAGUUCACCUCCAGCCUUUGGUCUGUUUUUUGCGUCACCUUCUUGACCUUAUCCAGUCUCGAGACACAGGAGAUAUCUUCUCAGAACCAGUUGAUCUGUCAGAAGUACCUGAUUAUAGCGAUGUAGUUACACAGCCCAUGGACAUUUCAACCAUGCGAACUAAACUUGAGAAUUUCCAGUACUCAAAUCUUGAUGCAUUUGAGAAAGAUUUCAAUUUAAUGAUCAAUAAUUGCAUGGCAUAUAAUUCUCGUGACACUAUUUUUUACCGUGCUGCAAUAAAAAUGAGAGAUCAGGGAGGAGCUCUAAUUCGACAAGCCAAGCGUGAUCUUGAGGCUAAUGGAUUUGAUCUGACAACAGGAAUGUUGUUGCCUGAUGGUGUAACAUCAUCUUCCCAAAGUUCCAGUUCAUCUUACGGUAUAGAUGCCAAGUUGUCGCAUAUUUCAACACCUCAUUUGCAACAGCCAUUACCACAAACUUCACAGUCAGGUUUGCUUCAACAGCCAUCUCAGCAGCAGCACCGUCAACAACCUGAGGAAGGUUUGGCUGGAGAAAUUGACCGUGAAUUAGAAGCUGUUAUGGAUAAGAGUCGUUCAGUCGCUAAUGUUGAUCGACUUUCAAAGUUGCUAGAGUUACAAGAUCGAAGCCAAGGACUUCGUCAUGGUCUGGCACGUGCUAAGAGAGUCCGACUCAUUAAAACAGAAAUUACAAAACUCCGUCGUAAGAUGGCUCUUGGAGGAAAUGGUCCACAGUUACGUCACUCUCAGUCAGAUGCUGGAGAUGGUUUUGAAUCUGAUUCAGAAAGAGAGGAAUCCAGUGAGGAUGAAGAUGAUGAGGAGAAUCUAAAACAACAGCAACGCACAGCAAAACCAAUCUCACGGCAUUCCACACGGCGUUCCUCUCAGCAGCAACAAAUGAGUGAAAAUAAAGGUACUUCUGGCAAGAGUUCUGUCACAGUUUCAGGAGCCAAGGAGCAUGAAACAUUAGCUGAAACCGCUGAUCCUAACGUAGCAUCCCCAACUAAUGCUGUGCAGAGCAGUGGCAAACAGAAAAGUGGGCGUGGACGCAAGAAAAUGGGAGGCAAACGACAAUCAGAUGAAGGUGCUGACUCAAUCACAAGUUCAGAAGCAGCAACUACUACUGCAUCUACUCCUCUCAUUUCAAACAGUGCAGUUAGUGGCAGUGGGUCUCAGUCAGUGUUAGACUCCAGUGCACAAGAUUUGUCUGGAGGGCUAGGUGCUCCAACAACCCCAGUCAAAUUAACUGUGUCUUCUGAACAGACACAGCCAAGCACAGUGUCACAACUUACAUCUGUAUCUCCAUCUGGUGUAAAUCGUCGUACAGCUGUGCUGUUCACUCGUAAGGCUGCUGCUGCUGCUUCAGCAAUUAAAAAGCCAGACACGCACAGUGGUACACAUGGUGGGGCUAACAGUUCAGUCAGCAUGUGCAGUGGUUCAUCACUAAUAUCUAGCCGACGGCGUGUUGGUCGACCCCGUAAAAACUUGGAUGCUGUAAUGAAUCAGUGCUCAAGUUCCAGUUCUCAUGUUGAGCCAAACCUUCUAUUAGCAGGAACAGGGGAUAGUGAUCAUGCAAGCAUGUUGAUGCCUGCCCCACCCUUGCCAUGUUCAGAGAGCUUCACAGUCUACAGACGGGGCGGAGGAGGGUUGGUAAUCCUGCAAAUUUCACCAUUGACAGAUGAAGAGACACAAUCAGACUCAACAUGUUCAAGUUGCUCGACGUCAGAAGGCAGCACAGGUAGUAGUGAGGAUGGUGGUAGCUCAAGUAUUGACCUGCAACAGAGGGGUGCUUCAGGAGGUGAUUCUUCGGGGGAAGAAGAAGGCGCAAGUAGUGGUUCACUGGAACCUCUAGACCUAGUGUGGGCUAAAUGUCGAGGAUACCCUUGGUACCCUGCGCUGAUAAUCAACCCAAAAAUGCCUCGUGCUGGGUAUUUACAUAAGGGAGUCCCAAUACCAGCACCUCCAGCUGAUGUACUGGCACUUGCAUUGAACUAUGAGGAGCCUGUAUAUCUUGUACUCUUCUUUGAUACAAAGCGCACAUGGCAGUGGCUACCACGCAACAAACUUGAGCCACUUGGAGUAGCAACAGAGGUUGAUCAGGCCAAACUGACAGAGUCUCGUAAACCAACAGAUCGUAAGGCAGUACGGAAGGCAUAUCAGGAGGCCAUGUUACAUCGCUGUCAAGUGUCUGGAGGACAAGGGAAAAGAAGUCGUGCUGCCAGCAUUGGAAAUGCUGAUCUUCCAGCACCUGCUGACGAGAACUGAAAACCCCAGUAUGUCACACGAAGUGUAACUGAAGUGCUACUUUUUUAAACUCUGGUGAAGGACAGCUGGAAAUGUCCUUAGAUUUUAAUUUUUCCUUGAACUGGAAGACAUAUUGAUCUUGGAGUUUGUUUCCACUGAUAAUGAUCAACUCUUUCACUGCCUAUUAAACAGUGCUUGAAAUUAAAUGACUUAAAUUAGUUUCACAUCUUGUCAGGUAACUCGUAUCUUCAACUGUUAUAAAAUAAGCAGACAUUGAAAGCUGAGCUACAAUUUAGUGGCAGUGACAGAAAAACACUGACUUUGUAUCAGACUGGUUUAAUGUACAUACACUAACCUACAUCCACCAAACUAUUGUAACGUCUUGUAAACUUACAAGAUACAUUUCAUAGCUUUACCUUAGGGCCCAGUAUUUGUAUUAAACUGUAGCGCAAAUAUUGAGUAGCAUCAGUGUGUAUCAUAAUCAUCAAAAGAGGUUUUUAAAGCCAUAGGUAACAUAUAGUAGUAUAUGUUGAAAUUGUUAAUUCUGCGGUUCUCAACCUAAAGGCCUCAUGGGACCUGCCAAUGUCUUUUCUGCAACCCAAGUGCCUUUUCAUAAUACUGUAUCACUUGUGUAAUGAAAAAUAUUAACUACCAAAAUUAAAUAUUUUAUGUGAAUAAUUAAUAAAAACAGAUCAACCAUUUUUUUAACGAAGAUUGUUGAGUAAUAUGUGAACAUGUUUGCAAUAGUAAGCUUGUUCUAAUUUAUAAUUCGGUGGCCCAUGAGUUGAUAUGAAACAGGGAAUGCAGCCCCGAAGUCUUGAAAGGUUGAGAGCUCCUGGUUUAGAUAGAUUGAAGGCACAGUACUUAGCAUGUAAUACAAACUCUGAAAUGUUAAAUUGACCCAUCAUUAAUAGUGGACAUUUCUCAGAUAUAUUACUGUAAUGAAAACUUGUGUACAGUAGUAAAGGAUUUUUUAACUAAAAAUAAUCUCCAUAAAUUCUGACUGCCACCUUUAAAUCAGGACAUAGAGAGAGAUGUGCCACAACAGAGUACAUGACCAUGUGUUCAUUAUAGAAAUGUAUGACUAGGGAAGGGAAGAAAAAUAAAAGCCAAGAUGUUUUGAAUAUGUGAUAAGAAAGUAGUGUAGAAACAUUAUGGUGAAAUUUUUGUGCAAGUGUCUUACAUUUUUGGAGCCUUAUAUGCAUUUGUGAGACAUGAUAUGCCACUAAGUCACUUCUUUUUUACAUACUGUGUUCUUCAUAAAUGUUUCAUAUAAUUUCUUUUCAGCGAAUCCCACUUGCUCACAAUUAAAGAAAUAUAUAUAAUCCUAGUCAAGGGAUCAAGUCCUGCCUAGGACACUCA